AUGCGAGAAAUCAUCUUCCUCCACAUCGGUCAGACGGGUAUUCAAGUGGGCCACGCCAUGUGGGAGCUAGCCUGCCUCGAGCACAAUGUUGGAAGGGAUGGUACACCCGUCUCCUUGUCGCAAGAUGACGGCCUCAGCAUCGAUUCACUCUUUGUCCACUGCUCCAAUGGAAACUACACGCCUCGAGCUCUCCUCAUCGAUCUGGAUCCUACUGUUGUCGACGAAGUUCGUGUGGGUCAUUACCGCAAUCUGUGGAACACCUCUAACCUCUUUGGCGGUCGAGAGGAUGCAGCCAGCAACUACGCCAGAGCCUACUACUCCCAAUCGCUAUGUCGACUUCCCGGAGUCCUCGAUAGAAUCCGCGUUCUUACCGAGCAAUGCGAAUGCCUCAACAGCUUCAAACUCGUCUACUCAGCAAAUGGAGGCACAGGCUCCGGUCUAACUGCAGCCAUUCUGGAAGAGCUUGCCUGCAACUAUGGCAAGAAGCAUCGACUUGCAACCGCCAUCUAUCCCUCCCCAAUGUUCUCGCAAAUUGUUGUGGAGCCCUACAAUGCUACCCUUCAUACCUCUUCCACCAUUGACUUUUGUGACUGUGUCACCCUAGCUGACAACCAAGCGAUUCACAGGAUCCUGGGCAUCCAUUCAGGUCCAAAUUCAGCCGGUUACACUGUGACGAACCGGCUCCUGGCUCGUCUUAUCAACGCGCUGUGCCUGUCCCAUCGUUACAACUUCAUGGGACAGCAGAAAGUCGACAUUGGAGAGUUGUUGACAAAUCUUGUUCCCUAUCCUCGCAUCCACUUCCCCACCAUGGCUUACGCGCCUUUCUUCAACCAAAUGGCCGCGUCAUUUGAAACGCCCACUGUAACUCAAAUGCUGGAGCGGAUCUACGAUCAGGACAAUCAACUCUCUAGCAUUUGUAUUCGCAAUCAACCCUUCAUUGCAUGCGCUCUACUCUUCCGGGGCAACAUCUCCCCAUUCGAGGUGAACGAUGCCCUCAAAACCAUCAAAUGCAACAAGAAGGCGGAAUUUGUGGACUGGUGUCCAACCGGUUUUAAGACGGGAAUCAACUUCACACCACCAAUAGAAGUGCCUUGUGAAGGCUUUCCAGGCCUAGACACCAUCUGUAUCAACAUGAUUUCUCACAAUGUUGGCAUACGCGAGGCGUGGAUCAGGACUGCUGAUCACUUCAGCAAACUCUACUGCAAGAGAGCCUUCAUCCACUGGUUUGUUUCCGAGGGUCUGGAGGAAUCCGAAUUUCUCGAAUCGCAGGAGACCUUGGCAAGUAUUAUCAACGACUACGAGGAGAUUGGCAAGUCACUGAAGGAUAUCUGUGGAUCUGAGCAAAUGCAACAAAGCAAUGUGUGGAUGGAUGAAAAGAAACCGAAGUUUGCACCUGGUGGUGAUGGCAGCUCAUUCAAAAGACCGCCUCGAUCGAGGUUUGCUUUCAAGACCAGGGGAAUGCAAAAAGUUGAAUCACGACGUCUAGCUAACAUUGAAAUAAGUCCAAUUAGUUCUACAAUCUCCUCCAUAACUCCGGCACCAUCGUCUGUGGCUGAAUGCAAUCCGAGGGAGGGAAGAAGAAACAAAAACACGAACUGCCUGUCUGAUCCAUCGCUUACACUUCGCCCCGUUCCACGACCGAGGCGGUCCCGCCUUCGAACCCUCAGUGGUAGCCAUCGCGAGGAGGAGAAGUCAACUUUUUGCUCGGUGUUCAUCGAGGACCUUGGCAGGGGUGACACAACAGUUGAAACUAUGGAAGAAUGCCAGUCACAGGAGGUGGAUUAUAGGGACUCGCUCAUAUCGCAAUUUGAGAAUAGCCUCUCCACAGUUACGGUAGAUUGGGACGACUAG